AUGAUGAUUUCUUCACCUCAACCCUUAACACCCCGAAAGGAUCCAGCGAUCAAAACGCCAGAGGAGAAUGAUCUGGAGGAAUCCAUCCUUGUUGAUGCACAGAAAAGAUUUAACGAUUCCUUUGAUCAUGAUCAUAAUGUGUCGAACAGUUCGCUUCAUACAGAUCACACGGAUCCCGAAGACCCAUUAUUCGGGAAGGGCUCUCCUCUGUAUUCACCAAUACAGCAUGUAGGAAACUCCCUUACAACCACAGAAGGACAGCAUGUCCAAGCUGACCCGUUGUUCAAGCCUUUGGAAUCAUCUUCCCGCCAAAAUUCUACAACACCAGGAACAUCACACAGCUUGAACAUUUCAACACUAAAAGAAAAUUCUUUUGAACAAGCGAUGAACGAGCACGAAACUGAUUUAAUGACAAUGAUGUCACAAUACAAUCAUGAAGAGGAAAUGCAGCUGGGAGAGGAAAAUGGAUAUGACGAUUUUGAUAUUAAAGCAUACUUGGAGAAGUAUGGUGUCAAUAGCAUGGUUGAUAUGAAUCAACAAGAAGAGGAACACCAUACUUUUAAUCACGAAGAAGAAGAAAACUAUGAGGACGAUGAAGAAACUCAACAUGCGCUGAAUUUUGGCAGCACGUUGUUUAACUCGGAACCAAUCAACAAAGAAAAUGCUGUCACAAUGUUUGAAGAACACGAUGAAAAUGAAGAAGAAACUCAUCACGAUUAUGAACAUUCGGAGCAAACAACAGAAGAAAAUAACCACAGUUAUCAACAUUCAGAAGAGCAAUAUAUUACAAACGAACAAGAUGAUGAUGUCAAAAGCGUAGAAUCAUCACAAGAUGAUCAGUCAGAAGAAUCGGAAGAGGAAGAUGACAAAAAACAAGAACAGCGUAGUUUUGUUCUUUAUAUGCCAAAAACAUUAACACCAAAAUCUCAAUUUCCGACUGAGAAUAAUCACUCCACGGUUGUCAUCAAAAGUCCCACUGGCUCACAAAAGAACAUUAACAACAGCAAUAAGACACCAAACUCUCUUGAAGAAAAAGCAAUCACAACUAAUUACACAAAAAACCUUCAAAAAGAUGACAAAACGAAACAUAACAAGCAGCCAAGUAGCCCCAAGAUUAAGGGCGAUGACAAUGCUGAAAUGGAAUACACAGAUCAAUACGAUGACGAUAAUUCCAAACCCAAGUUUUCAAUGCUUAAAAGAAAUUCACGAUGGGGCUCAUUACUGAAUAAGAUUUCAAAGCCUGGAACCUAUGUACCUCCCACAAAUAAGCACAGCAAAGCUGCUGUUUUAUCCAAGACAACCACAAAAAAACAGCAACCAUCAGAAGAAACAACAGAAGUGAAACAAGAACCUUCACAACCAUCUAAAAAACUAACUAGCUCACAAAGGAAACCUCCAACUCCAGAAAUUGUUGAGAGAUCAGUGACAGACAGCAAGAAUGAAAAAUCCAUCCCACAACCAAAACGAGCUGCUCCAGCCAUACCUAAAAAUCAACAGCCAAUACCUCACGAACAAGAACAACCCUUACCAAACUACUUUUCAAGGAGAGACCCUCCCACGAUUGACACCAAUACCGUUGGAGAGUAUGGACAUGUUUCUGAAGAAAAUUCUUAUCAUGACGAUGAUGACACUCAUGAAGAGGAGGAUGACAGCGGUUGGGGAACCUUCAUUAAUAGAAAUACAGUGUAUAAUCCAUAUCAUUACGAGCAACGAUCAAUUUCAAGCGUCAGCCAGUCUCCUCCAUUAUCUGUUGCAUCACGAACGAGUCCUAUACUUGGAGGUCAGAUGCAUCCUCCUUCAAUGGCAACAGUCGAAAAGAGAGAACAAAUUAAGGCAUCAAGCAAUCAUUCUUCAACGGCUUUUCAACAACGGACAGGUUCGAUUAUUUCUAACUUUUUUCUUCCAAAAGCUCAAGAGGAAGAGAAGAAGCGACAAAUGAAGGAAAAGAUUGAAAAAAAGAAGGAAGAAAAGAAAAAUCGAGAAGAGGAGGAGAAAAAGCUUAAAGAAUUAGAAGAACAACUUUUAUUUUACAAGAAUGAAAAUGAAAAAACAAAACGACUCAAAGAUGAGCUUGUAGCGGAGAGACAAAAUAUGGAGUGUGAACAAUCUGAAUUUAAGAGGCAGAUGGAGGAAGAACGAGACCGAUUCGAAAAGUACAAACAACAAGAACUCCAGAAAAUUACACGUGAAAAAAGGAUACUUGAAAGACAAUUGAAAGAGCAUCAACAAUCACUCUCACGAAAAGAACACGAAAAGGAAGUGAACGAACUGAAGGACAAGUUAGAAAAAUUAUUAUCAGAAAAGAAGAAUGAAAGUGCAAAAUACAAGUCCACCAUUCAAGCGCUAAAAACUCGAAAUGAGCAACUCACAGAAAGAAUUGCAGAGCUCGAAGAAAAUUUGAAAAAACGAGAACUUGAGAGAAUUGACAAUGUGUUUGUAAAUAAGAAAAAAACAUCAGCAGCUCAAGAACCGUUAUCUAACAACGCCUCUCAACCAGCAACCAUGACGACAAGCCCUCAAAUGAAUCAACAACCACAACAAUCAAGUAGUUCGAAUAAUAAUAGAAGGACUUCAACAAACGAAACACACGUCAACAACAACAAUAACAACAAUACAUCAGCACAACAUGUAAGGGAGAAAACUUUCAUGCCAUCAGUACAACAUUCCAAUACUGUUGUGAACGAGCCACACAACCAUGAUAGAAAAACCAACAUGGCGCCCUCAUCUUCGAAUACAAACAAGUCACCAUCGAAGUCUGCUUUCUCUUACCCAACACCCUAUCCUAACAACCAUAAAUUGGCUCUGCUUAAACGAACAUACAAGGUUUCAGAUCAGGAGUUUGUCGAUGGAGAAAUUGAAUGGGAGCCCUUACACGUUUCAAAUGAUAAGGUCACAAGUAAGGUAGACAUGGGAAAUGGAAAAAUUGAAAUCAAGUACAGAAGUGGACGACGAGAUAUUCAAUUUUCGAAUGGAACCACCAAAAAGUUGUACCCUGACAAGUCAUGCCUUGUAUUUUUCAAUAAUGGAGACAUUAAGAAAACUUUUGAGGAUGGAGUCGUUGUGUACUAUUAUGCUUCUCUCCAAACGACACACGUCUCGUAUCCCAAUGGAUUGGAAAUGUACAAAUUCCCAAACACUCAACUCGAGAGGCAUUUCCCUUCCGGAGAGAAGGAAAUUGUGUUCCCUGACAAGACGGUAAAAUUUGUGAAUAAUGACGGCAUGGAAGAAAUUUGGUUUGCAGACGGUACGCACACUCAAACAUUGCAUUAA